AACGGACCACAGUACCAGUCAGCAGCUCGAUCAAAGCAGUUCGAAAUAAAAUUUUGAUUUUGGUUUUUAGUUUAUUUUUCUUAAUUGAAAAUGGUAAAGUAUGUGGCUCUCUGCGUAUUCGCACUGACUUUUGUCAGUUUCGGCUACGGAAAUGUCGUUCCAUCCAGAGCAGAUAACCAGCUUGCUUUUCCCAGCUGUGGGGGAUACAUUUUUGUUGACGACGAGAUCGUGAUCGACGGUCCGUUUAACCAAGAUUGUAUUCUGCAAUUUGAAACACAAGAGGACCGCAUUCUGGCGUUCUCCGUCAUUGAUGGGGACAUGAAAGAUGUCCUACAUCUUUUGAACAUUCAUGACGGUUUCGGCAUUGACUUCCCUAUUCUCAAAGUUGAAAAUCAGAUCACUCACGAAGUCUCACAAAAAAACGCUCCGAUCGUCUUGUACACCACAAGUUCCGAAGCGAUUGUCACAUUCACAAAAAGGGCGGCAAAUUCAAAUAUGAAGUUGAAGAUUCAAAAAGCUGUAGAUUGCCCGCUCGGUAUCGGAGACAACACCCAAUGUGGUCGAGUAGUUGAUGAUGUUUCGUGCUACUGUGCUAUUUUCACCACUCGGAAUUUUUAUGAUCAGACCAUGAUUUGUCUUGAUAGCAAGAUGAAGUUGGUUGUCUUCGAAAAUCGAACCGAAGAAGAGGGCGUUCAAGCUACUUGGCCUGGUACUGUUGGCCCUGCAUAUUAUACUUCAAUGACUGAUUCUCGACGCGAUGGGACUUGGGUUUGGGAGAGCACGAUGACUGUGCUGAGUGCUGGAGAUUACACUAAUUGGUUUCCUGGAAGACCCAGUUACGUAGCCAACAAUGCCGAGGACUGUAUGUUGUACGGUGGUAGUUAUUUACAAUUUUGGGGGGAUGUUCCUUGCGCUAAUGGUUAUCGUGCUAUCUGUGAAGCUCAGCCAUAAUAAUUUCGGUAAUAAUUUGAAAAUCCAUUACUGUUGCUAGUUCUUACAUCUAUUGAUGCUUUCCUAAUGAAGAUAACAAAACUUAUUUUUUGAUAAUUUUCUUUGUUAACCAAAAGCAAAAAAGCAUAGAUAAAGAAGACGUCUUUAGUGGUCUUUAUCUGUGAAAAAGUAUCAUACUGCAAUAGCGAAAUAAAUAAUUAAAUGCGGCUGCAAUACAUAGUCAACUUCGUAAAAGAA